CUUUGCCAUACAGAUGCAGUGAAAUCAGUAUCAGCGAUGAAGGGAAGUUCUGUCACUCUAAACACUGAUGAUAAAGUACAGAAAGAUGAUCAGAUACUGUGGACGUUUAAAGCUGACAAUCCAGACACUAUUAUAGCUGAAAUCAACAGACAGAACAUCUAUAUAGAUGCCACUGAUACAACAUUUGAGAAAAGACUCCAGAUAGACAGUCGAACUGGAUCUCUGACCAUCAGAAACAUCAGAACUGAACACUCUGGACUUUAUAAACUACAGAUCAUCAGAAACAGAAUAAUCUCACACAAGAGUUUCACAGUUGCUGUUUAUGCUCCUGUUCCCAUUCCUGUCAUCAGCAGAAACACGUCAAACUGUUCUUCACCAUCUGAAAGAUCAAGUCAGAAUUGUUCAUUGGUGUGUUCAGUGUUGAAUGUGAGUCAUGUGACUCUCUCCUGGUACAAAGGAAACAGUUUAUUGUCCAGCAUCAGUGUGUCUGAUCUCAGCAUCAGCGUCUCUCUACCUCUGGAGGUGGAAUAUCAGGAUAACAACACCUACAGCUGUGUGCUCAACAAUCCCAUCAGCAACCAGACUCAACAUCUGGACAUCAGUGGACUCUGUCACAGAUGUAAAGGUAUGUCAGCUGUGAUAUUUGUGACUAUUAUUUACUGA